UAACUAUUAAGAGUACAUGAUAUUGCAGCUGUGUCAGAUCUGUAGGAGGGAUGACAAUGAGGCAGAAUUAUUGCUGUGUGACGGCUGUGACCGGGGCUACCACACAUACUGUUUUAAGCCCCGCCUGGAGUGUAUACCAGAGGGAGAUUGGUACUGCUUUGAAUGUGUGGCCAAGGCUGUUGGUGAGUGUUGCUGCCUGGUGUGCGGGCGGAGGCUUGGGAAGAUGGCCGAGUGUAUUCACUGUAACCGUCACGUCCACAUAGAUUGCCUGCAUCCUCCCCUUCCAAGAGUUCCAAGAAAGUGGCAUUGUGCAGCAUGCAGUGACAAUGUAAAAGGAGCCGGUAAGAAGAGAGUGCGUAAGAACUCAUGUGCCAGUAUAACCACAACCUCCCAGCAGCCCACUCCAGGACCAACCCCAGAACUCACACCUUCUGGUCGUAAAAGGAGAUGUGACUUUGGGGUGCCAAGGAAACGCAAGUCAUCUGAAAACAGUAACAGCACAACAGAUUUUGACAUUCCAAGAAAGUUGUCAGAUGAGCCUGAUCAGUCUUGUGAUCAACUCCUGACUGAUACUGAGGCAAAGUCAGUCAGCAAGGACCAUUUAAGUGACCAAGAGAGAUUCAAACUGCAGGAGCAGUCCAACGACAUGCGGGUCUGCAGGACAAUGUUGACAGAAAUGAUGAAGCACGAGGAUGGCUGGCCUUUCCUUCAACCAGUUAACUGUAAACAUUUUCCCUCGUAUAGAAAAUACAUCAAGUCUCCCAUGGACUUCGGAACAAUGAAAAUAAAACUCAGGGAUCUUAUGUACACUGAGCGUAGUGAGUUUGUGAAUGAUGCAAGGCUGGUGUUCGACAACUGUCAGCUGUUCAAUGAGGAUGACUCUGAGGUUGGCCAAUGUGGUCACAACAUGAGGAAAUUCUUCAACCAACGCUGGAAGGAAAUACUUUUUGAGGCCAUGACUGAACAUGUGUAGAACUAUUUAAUUGUCUGAAAAGAAAACCUUUAUAAUAGGUUUUAUAUAUAGGCAUAUAAUUGCAUUUUCCAUAUCUGCUUAAAUAUCAUUUGAGCAGAAACAGCCUAUUUUGAUAACAUUUUACAUAGUUAAGAUAUUAAUGGCAUUGGUAUUUUAAGCAAAAAUGGGAUGCAUAUGGAUUGUAGCUGUUCAAACUGAAAUGUGUUUAGUCCCAUACAUUUGAACCCUCUAUCGUAAGCAUUUGUUAUUCGAUCUUAAACUGUUUAAAGCUAUAAUGUUUUGAAUAUACCCAGCAAUAUUGCUUCAAUCACAGACUUUAACAUAUCGGCCCUUUAAACAGUGUUUAAAUUUACUUUGUCUCUAACUCUAACAUCCAUUACAAAGUUAUGGUUAUACACUAAAUAAUUUCCCAAUCUGAAGUAGCAAUCUCAAACUUAAAUUUGGAGAGGGCAUCCUGGAUCACAUUGUGUACUUGGCAUUUAGUUAUAACAUUACUAUAAGUAAAUUUGUUCCCGAGUUCUUAGCUCACCUGAGCACAAAGCGAUUGGUCUAUAUCUGGUGUCAACAAUUGCUUAUAAACAUCAUCUCCUCCUAAACCACUUGGACAAUUGUGAUGAAACUUCACAGGGAUGUUUCUUCAGUGGUUCCCUUUCAAAAGUGUUCAAAGAAAUUAAUUCCAUGCCAAACUCGGGCAACACGGCAACCAAAAGGAAACAAAUCACAAAUAUUCUUGACAACAGUAGUGACUAGAGCUUAGACAUUGGGUGUGUUACAUUGUCUAGUUGCCCUCUUUCAAGUUUGUCCAAAUUAUGAUCCAGGGUCAAAACUGGCCCAGCCCUAGGGUUGCAAGUUUCUAACAUACUUAUUUAGGGAAUUCUUUAAAAAUCUUCUUGACAAAAACUUUGAGGACUAGAGCUAAUAUAUUUGGUGUGUUACAUUGUUUAGUAGUUCUCUACCAAGUUUGUUUAAAGUAUGCCAAAAAUAUCCAUGCCCGGGAGAUACAUGUUUCUUAUAAAGGUCUGAAACCACUUGGCCAAGACCUGUGAUAUUUUGUAUGUAGCAUCAUAAAGUGGUCUUCUAUGAAGUGUGUUCAAAUUAUAGUCCUACAUACAUAAAUACACCCAAUCUGAUAGUCUGUGUCAGGUUUUCCAGUUUCACUGUAUGUCAUCAAAGCACCUGUGCGUCUAUAAUUUUAAUGCUUGGGUAAAAAUGUCAUUCAUUUUAAUCAUAAAUUGGUGCAGUUCUGCAUAUCUUUGCACACAUUUCAAGUUCUGAUAGACAUUUUUCACCAAAUUUGGACAUUUUGCAUGCUUGAAUCAAUGCAGACAACUUAAUUAAAAAAUUUUUUUAGACAAAUGGGCAUGUGAAAACAAGGAAUUGGCUGAAUUGUGUUCAACUGGACAAGAUAAAAGCUUUUAAUAGCUAUAAUUUGCCAGAAAUGCAAGUACAAUACAUUUCUUGCCAAAAUCACACUUUUUAAACAAAGCAAUUUUGUCCCUUUAGGUUAUACACUACCAAUUAAUAUCCCAAUACAUUUCAAUGCAAACAGGCAAUACUUCAGAUUGGAAAACAUUUACGAAGCAAUAUAAGAGUUGCUAAUUUUUGUUUUUUAAAGAGUGCCAGGACAUCUUCUUUGAGGUCAAACACACACACACUUGAGGUCGUGCACAUUCACACAAUUGAGGUCACACAUUCUUGAGGUCACACACAGUCUCUUGAGGUCACACACACUCACACGCUUGAGGACACACACUCACACACUGGAGUUCACUGAGACUUAAGGUCACUCACAUUCACACACUGUAGGUCACUCACACACUUAAGGUCAAACACACACACUUAAGGUCACACACACGCACACACACUCACACACUUGAGGUCACACAUACUCAUACUUGAGGUCACACACACACACUCACACAUUGGAGGUCACACACACUGGAGGUCACUUACACACUUUGAGGUUACACACACUCACACACUUGAGGUCACACACUCUUGAGGUCACACACACUUGAGGUCACACACACUUAAGGUCACUCACACACUUGAGGUUACACACACUCACACACUUGAGGUCACAAAGACUUGAAUUCACACACGCACACACACAAGCACGCACGCAGACACGUAUGCAAGCUUGUAAGUGAGGUUGUAUUGGAUACACAUCCUGAGUGGCCUGUAAGUAAGUGAGGGCUUAUGGGAUACACACCCGGAGUGGUUGCAUAGCCUGUCCAAAUUUGCUUUUGCAUGGUAUGAAAUCACUGAGGGUGUAUCCCAUACAAGCUCAUGUACUACAUUGUAAUUGAUGAGCUUCAACUUUCAUUGAUAUCUUUACUUUCAAAGCAUCCUCAGAAAACAUUUUUUAUAUAUACACAGUUUCCAUUAGAUGUAGACGGGAAUCUUCUUUGAAAAUGACCCUUUAAAGAGAUAAAUGUUGUGACUUCAAUUGUUUUACCUGUUGUCCAUUAUAAAUUAUUGAUAUACCUUUUGUAUAUAAACCUUUCGUUUCUUAUUGUUGUUCUAGUUAUUUGUAAGCAUCACAUAUCAGGAGUAGAUAAUGUCAAUCACAUUUAACAGCAGCAAAACAUAUUUAUUAUUUUCCUGGUACCUGAAAAGUCAAUAAAGUAUUUUUUUGUUAGCAUCAGCUAUAUUUUGUGCUGAUAAAAAUUGAAGUAGCUAUUAUCCAUGCAGUGACAUUGUUUUUAGGCAAAAUGACUUGGUCAACUUUACCUGUGUGUGGUAAUAAUGUCUAGGCCAACUCUGUGUGUUGGCAUAAUGUCUAGGCCAACAUUUAUUGUGUGGAGGCAUAAUGUCUAGGCCAACGUUGUGUGGAGGCAUAAUGUCUAGGCCAACAUUGUAUGUCAGUAUAAUGUCUAGGCCAACAUUCAUUGUGUGUUGGCAUAAUGUCUAGGCCAAUUCUUUGUGUUGGCAUAAUGUCUAGGCCAACAUUGUGUGGAGGCAUAAUGUCUAGGCCAACUCUGUGUGUUGGCAUAAUGUCUAGACCAACAUUGUGUGGAGGCAUAAUGUCUAGGCCAACAUUGUGUGGUGGCAUAAUGUCUAGGCCAACACUGUGUGUUGGCAUAAUGUCUAGACCAACAUUGUGUGGAGGCAUAAUGUCUAGGCCAACAUUGU